UGAUGUUGAAUACGGUGUCAACUGUGCACUCGAUUCAGCUAUUUAUUUUCUCUAAUAAUUGUAUUCGUGAUUUUCUAAAUAAAAGUAUAGUUAAUUUUUGUAAAAAUUAGACGACAUAUUUUUCAUAAAGUUUUAAGUGCUUGCAAUAGCAUUUUUAAGGUAGUAUAAUAAAGACCUUGAAUUCGGAAUUAUAAUUUUGUUACAAGAUUGAAAUUGUUUUUUUUACAAACAUGAAACUACUGGAUAUAGUUGACAUCCCAGAGUUGACACGGUCAAAUGUGCAUAUUGGCAACAAACCCCUGCUGAUUGAUAAGAUCAACAAACUUAUCAGUGGUGGGCACAGGAAGCUGCAGAUUGUGACAGACUUUGACCACACUCUCACCCGCCACAAAAUGGAUGAUGGGACAGUUGUGCUUACCAGCUUUGGUAUGUUUCGGGAAUGCCCGUCCAUUCCACAACACUAUAAGGAUGAAUAUACACGGCUGUCGGGCAUUUAUAAACCUAUCGAAGCCGAUCCCCACAUGAACGUAGAAGAAAAGAUUAAGCAUAUGAUUGAUUGGUACCAUGCGGCUCAUGACAUACUCAAAGGAGUCAAGUUGCCGCGGAACGAGCUAGUCGAGAGCGGGAUGAAAAUGAGAGAUUGCUUCAGGCUAGGAGUACAGAAGAUGAUGGCGUGGAGCUCGGAGCGCGCGGUGCCGGUACUGGUGUUCUCGGCCGGGCUCGGCGAGAGCGUCGUGGCCGCGCUGCGGGCCUCGCAGCUGCUGCUGCCCAACGUCAAGGUGGUGUCAAAUUUCCUCGCGACAGACGAGAACGACGCCAUAAUCGGCAUAAAGGGUGAAGUUAUUCACACGUACAACAAGAACGAGACAGCGAUCAAGGGCACCGAGUACUACGACCUGGUGAAAGACAGAGACAACGUCAUCCUGAUGGGGGACAACAUCGGCGACGCCGGCAUGGCGGAAGGCAUGGACCACUGCGACACAGUCAUCAAGGUAGGCUUCCUCGGCCACGGCGCCGACAACCUGCCCAACUACCUCAAACACUUCGACAUCGUGCUCGUCGACGAGCACUCCGUCGAUCUAGUCAACGCCAUUUUGAAACACGUGCUGUGAUUAUGUUCAUUUGUCGGGGGACUAGGGAAUGUACGGGUGUUGUGCAUAAUUAUUUUCCAUCGUAUUUUCACUGAAACGUGUCUUGCUAUUUCAGUCAGUGUCGGUACAUAAAGUACUGAAGUUCAUUGAUAUAGCAUGACAAAUACGAACGAUUCCGAGGAAAUACA